ACUCCAUAUCCCGUUUUCCGUCUUCGUCUUCACUGCCCUUGUUUUCUACCGUCGGCGAAUCUUUGGUGCCGGAAAAUCCUGACGUCAGAAGAAGAAACAAUCGAUGCAUGUCUGACCGUCUAAAUCCUCCAAUUUUAUAGCUGCAGUUGCCACAAUGACCAAUGAUGACCGUCUUACCCGUAAUCGUAAAUUAAAGGACGAGGGAAAUACAAAGUCAAAGAAGAAAAAUGCAUCCCCUCCUUCAAUCUCGGGAUCAGCUGAUGCCUCUGGAUUAAGAAGGUCAGGAAGAGAAACAUCAUCGAAACAAGCCACGACAAGUCCAUCUAGUGCUCGAAAGUCUGAACGAAUUGAGAAGCAGGCAUCACCAAGUUCUCCCUUAAUAAAGAAGAAAUCAGAGAAUAUUGUGAAACAGAUGGCGGGAAGUCCUUUGAGGAGGUCUGAUAGAGGUAAGAAACAGUUUUCACCAGGUUCUUCAGGAUCAAAGAAGUUGGCUGAGAUUCCUGCUUCAUCAAACAUCAAGUCAAAGAAAGAGAAAAUUCCAAGCAGUUCAAAAGAGAGUGUGGGGGAUGCUAAUGAAGAUAACAAAGAUGAAAGGCAGGAUCCAGAUGUUGGUGGCAGGAAGAGGAAGAGAAUGACUGCUCGUGGUUAUAAGGCUUUAUUCAAACCUCAACGGAUAAGAGUUGAAGCAGAUGAUAGCAAGGACCCCAAUGGGCAAGAGAAGUCACCUCAAGCUAAUAGUAGCAGCAACGGAUAUACUGCAAUGACAAUUACGAAGCAUGAUAAUGUUGAAACUGGCCCAUGCUUAAAAGAACCAAGGAUUAACCAUGGUUUAGAGAAUCAGCAGGAACUUGACCCUUGUUACAACACAGGAGAAGGAGGUUUAUGUGGCACCUCUAGUUCCAAGACGGUGAAGUUGAAUAAAUCGACCAUGCCACAUAAGCUGUUGAAGAAAAGAUUAUUGUUGUCUUUUAAGCCACUAAAUGAGAGCCAGGAGGAUGCUGGUAAGGUUUUAGAUUACCACUACGAGUGGCUUGUGGAAUGGCAAGGCCUUGAUAAUGGGAAAGCUACAUGGGAGUUGGAGAGUGCUGUCCUAGGUUCACCUGAAGGUCAACACCUGAUAAAAGAGUAUGACCAUGGUCAUGGAAAGAUGGGGAUUUCUGCUCCAUUGGUUGAUAAGACCAAGGAACCAUCAGUUAAACCUCCAAUUAGUCCUGCUGGCGGUCCACCUGGGAUGGAUCAAAUCCAUUUCAGCUAUGUUAAGAAGUUGCAAGAUAGUUGGACUAAAGAGCAGAACCGAGUAAUUUUUGACAAUCAGGAGAGGGCGAUGAGAGUUGUUCUCUUUAUUCUUUCAUUGAAUGGUGUAACCCAUCCUUUCCUAAUAAUCACAACAUCUGGUUCCCUAGCUCAAUGGGAAGCUAUGUUCUUAAAUGUAGCACCAUCUAAUGAUUUGAAAGUCUCCAUUGAGGUUAGAGACACCCAAAGAAGUGUUAGAUUGUUAGAGGCUCAAAAGGAAGGUGGUGAGCUGGUGUUUCAAGUUCUUUUGUAUUGCGUGGAUGCAUUUGUGGAGGAUUUAAGUAUGUUGAAAAACAUAAAUUGGGAAGCAAUCAUGGUUGACGAGUCUCAGUGCUUAGAGAUCUCAGCACAUUUCGAUGAUAUUAAGAGUCUAUCCACGAAUAAGAGGUUGCUUCUUUUUGGUGGCCCAAUAGGGGAGAACAUGGCUGAGUACCUUAAUGUGCUGUCACUGGUAGGUUACGAUGAUGCUUUGUCUAACAAUACCAGAUCAAAGGCUGAAUCGGAUGAUAGUCUUGGAAAGCUGAAAGAAACCUUGUCCCAGUAUGUUGCAUAUGAAUGCAAGUCCGACCCUUCCAAGUUCGUAGAAUUCUGGGUCCCUGUCCAGCUAUCCAAUCUGCAGCUUGAGCAAUAUUGUGUUGCCCUAUUCUCCAAUGCUAUGGUUCUUCGUUCAUGCUCAAAAAGUGAUACUAUUGGGGCUUUCCAUGACAUUCUUAUUUCCAACCGAAAGUGUUGUAAUCACCCCUAUAUCGUGGAUCCUAAUCUUCAAGGCUUGAUUAUGAAGGAUCGUGAACCAACUAUGUUAUUAGAUGUUGGCAUAAAAGCAAGUGGCAAACUACAAUUUCUUGACCUGAUACUGCCAGAGGUUAAGAAACGCCAACUAAGAGUGGUUAUCCUUUUUCAGCCUACAGUCGGUACCGCAAAAGGUUUAGCUUCUGUUGGAGACAUAUUAGAUGAUUUUCUCCAUCACAGAUUUGGUCAAGACUCUUAUGAGCGUAUAGAUGGGGUUGGGAUUGUCCCAUCAAAGAAACAGGCUGCUUUAAACAACUUCAACAAGGAUAUGAGUAGAUUUGUCUUCUUACUAGAGCAUCGUGGGUGUCAAGCAAGCAUCAAAUUAUCAUCAGUAGACAUUAUUGUCAUAUUUGACAGCGAUCUGAAUCCUGCAUAUGAUUUAAAAGCCUUACAAAAAAUAUCAAUUGAUUCUCAGUCGGAACAAAUAAUGAUUUUCCGUUUAUAUUCUUCAUGCACACUGGAAGAAAAAAUCCUUAGACUUGCAGAACAAAGUGUUGCUAUUGAUGGCAAGUUGCAGAAUUUAAAUAGGAGUUCUUGUGAUGCCUUACUCAUGUUUGGCGUCUCAGACUUGCUCAACAAAGUGACCCAAUUUCAUAGUUCAUCUGUUCUGAAUAUUUCCUCUGAAGAAUCCUUCUUAAAGGAUGUACUAGAGGAGUUCUUAUACUUAAUUUCUCAUAAAUGUAACAGCAAGGAUACAUCUAAGUCAAUCAUCACUAGAGUUAAAAGCUGUGGGAUUUAUGGUAAAAAUAUCCCGUUGCAUACACCAUUACCCUUUGGAGAACAACCUCAUUUAUUUUGGAGAAAGUUGUUGGAGGGAAAGUGUCCGAGGUGGAAGUUUGUAUCGCUGUCAACCCCGAGACAAAGAAAAAGACCACACUACUUUGAGGACUCAUCUAAGGAAACUAGUGCUGCCCAUGCUGAUGUUGGAAAGAAACGUAAGAAAACUCUGAAUAGCAGCAUUGAGCCUGCUGCAUCUAAGCUUGUGGUAGAAGCUGAAACUGGAAGAACAAAUGAAGGGGCUUCUGGAGUUCCUGCUCAUAAUGAGUCUCAAUCAUCAUCUGGUGAUCACUUUUGGUCUACUGCAGUCCAUAGUGAAAGGAGCCUUCAUCAUCUCCUGAAGCCCACUGUAUCUGAGCUUUGCGAGGUCCUCAAGCUUUCGGAGGAUGUCAAGAUGACAGUAGAGAGAUUUCUUGACUUCGUCCUUGAGAAUUACCAUGUCAGCAAGGAACACACAAGUACAUUACAGGCUUUCAUGAUAUCGCUGUGUUGGAUCGCUUCUUCACUAUCAGGAUACAAGAUUGAUAGAAGGGAAUCCUUUGCUCUUGCAAAGAAGCACUUGAAUUUUAGCUGCAUGGAAGAAGAGGCAAACUCUGUGUACUUGAAGCUGGAACCUGCAAAGGAAAUGUUCUUACUACACACGGACAACCAAGAAAAAUGUGAUGCUUUUAAAGAUUGUAUACAAGCACCUCAGGCUACUUGCACAGAGUCAACAGAACCAAAAAUGUCACACUCACUUCUACCUAACCCACAAGAAGUAAAACCAGAGAUUGUAGAUGGUCAGCAUGCUGAUGUUUCGGGAAGUCAUGAGUUAUCAAAUGAAGAAAUGUUGCAAAGUGCCGAGAAGAUGCAAAAUGAAUGCAAGGAUGAUCUUGCCACAAAGGACCAAAAAGAGAUGGAGAGGUUUAAUAGAGAAUGGGAUGAGAAGAGGAUGCUUCUGGAGAAUGAUUACAAAGUGGAAAAAGCUCUUAUUCGUACUCUGCAUAGUAAUCCUUCUGUAAGAUCAGAGAAGCUGAAAUCUUUAGAUAAAGUGUUUGCUAACAAUUUGGAAGAACAUGACAGAAUGAGGGAGAUUCACCUCAAAGAUCUUAUGGCAAAGCUGUCGGCUGGCGAAGGCCAGAUAAUAGCUAAUUGUAUUCCUUCUUUCAGUGAAGGUAGAGCUAACAAUGAACUUACUUUGCAUGAAUCCCAACACGAGAAUCAGAUGGUGCACUCUGGGAACAGCAUUCAAGAAGCUCAAGAUGUCCCUGAGGCUGAUCCCAUUUCAUCCACAAAUCUGAUUGAAGUACAAAAUCAUGAUAGAAUGAUUGAACCCUCAGUUUCUCUUGGGGAUUUAGAUGGAGGGAAUGUUAAAGUGAAUGCAAUUUCCUUAGAAUUUGUCGGUGCUAGGAUUGAGGACCAGCCCAAAAGCGGAAAAAAUUUGCACACAGGUGCAAACCUUGUUGAGCCAAAUGGCUUGUUAUUAGAGGAAGAGCCUGGUACGAUGGUUGAGCCAUCUAACAGAGUGGGCAAUGCACAUGAUGGCGUUAACAACAUCGGGUCCACAGGCUCUCAUACUUCUGAGAAACAGAGGGCUGAUGCAACAGUAUCAAGUGUACCAACUGAAGAAAAUCCGGCACAACAGCAUGAUGGUAUUGACAAUAAUGUGGUGGGGCAUGUAGACUCUGUGGAGUCAGGAGUGCCAGAAGUUGAUUCCAAUGAAGAAAAUGCUAAAGGAGGCAAUACGUCACCUGCUGUCAAAGACUGUAAUGAGACUGGUCCCGGUGAUAUGCUGCCGCAUGUCGACUCUGCUGUCAAAGACCGUAACGAGACUGGUCCCGUUGACAUGCAGCCGCAUGUCGACUUUGCUGAAAUGGGAACACUAGCUGGCAAUUGCAACAAAGAUACUGGCCAAGAUAGCACUAUAAUCCCUGAUACAUUACAUGUUGAAGACCAGAAUGAUUCGUGUGGUUCCAGUAGUAGUAAUUCACCUUCUGCAGCUGUGUCACCGGACAAAACACCCACAGUGGAACUGGUUGCUUCUCCAGCUUCCGAUCAUUCAAUGCCAACAAUCCCGGAAAUUCAAAAUGAGUCUCUUCAACUUCAACAACUUCCAUGCAGUGGAAGUCAAGAUAAAGAGGGGCAACCUGAUCCUAGUUCAGUAGCAGAAAUUGAUGUUGAUAAUCUGCAACCUGUAGAUGCGGGACAAGUUGGUCAGAUCAAUUCAGAAGAUCCACCACUUGAACCUCUUGAUGAACUGUCUUUCCCGUUGUCUACUGAUCUACCCAUAGCUGAGAAUCAAUCUGAUAUACUUCCAGCCAGUGGGAUUUUACUUGAAGCUACUCGUGAAGAGCCAACCCUUCCUGGAGGACCUAGCCAAUCAGCAGAAAAUCACACCAACCCCUCUGAUGAUACCAUGCUGCAAUCUAGUGGGAAUUUGGAAGAACAUCAACCUUCAUCUGAUGCAGUUCAUGACCAACCAAGUGUUGAGCCACGCAACUCGGCCCAAAAUUCUAAGCCACCAGUAUCACCCCUUGCUGCAGAAAUCCCGAAUCAAAAUGCUUCACGACCUGAAAUGAGUAUGUUUGAUGUUCAAGGAUCUGAUAACCUUAACCAAGUGGUCUCACGGAUGUCAAAUCAAGUUGAUCCACUUCAAGCUGAACUGGAGCGAUUAUGUGCGGUGAAGGAUAAUGUUAUCAAAUUCCAUGAAGACAUUAGACAAAGGCUAAAAUCUGAUUGUGAGAAGGAAAUAACAGAAAUGAUUGCUCAGAUAAAUGUCAAGUAUGAAGCUAAGCGUCAGGAUGCAGAGGCAGCUUUUCAUUCAAAAACGAAGGAACUUGAUAUUAAUCUCAACAGAGUCGUCAUGAAUAAAAUAUUGGCCGAGGCUUUCAGAUCUAAGUGCCAAGAUUUUACUCCUGGCCAUGCAGGAACGCAACACGCAACUCAAGCUGGAUUAAUGCAGCAACUGCAUAGGUUUUCCGUUCUACCUUCUGUGAGGCGUUCCUUUAGUGUUGCUUCAUCUUCACCUGGCCAAUCUUUAGGAACCCAACAGAUUACACCACUGCCACCGCUACCGACACAACCUUCUCCCCCACCACCUCCGCCACCGCCUCUUCAGAUAGUUCACCAACCUGCGGCUCUUUUCUCGAGCACACUGAGCAGACCACCACCUACAUCAAGCAGACCCUUGCCUAACAUCAACCCCAUGAUUCCCUCGACCACACCUAGCAGACCACUGCCUAGCGGCGACCCGAUUGCCCCCUCGAGCUCACUUAGCAGACCGCCACCUGGCAUCAACCCGAUUACCCCCUCGAGUUCACUUAGCAGACCACCACCUUGCAUCAACCAGAUUACACCCUCGAGCACACUUAGCAGACCGCUGUCUGGCAUCAACCCGAUUUCCCCCUUGAGCACCCCAAACAGACCACCACCUAGUAUAAACCCGAUCACGCCGUCUGCCGGAAAUCUAAGAGUAAACAGUGAAACCCGUGCUCCGGCCCCGCAUCUCCGGCCUUUGGUCAGCAGUGAAAUCCGGGCUCCGGCCCCACAUAUGCGACCAUUAGCCAGCAGUGAAAUCCGUGCUCCAGCCCCACAUAUUAGACCGUUUCGACCUUCAACAUCUGCAUCCCAUGAAUUUGCAUCUUAUCGGAAGAUGCUACCAAAUCAGCAUGUAACAAGUAGCCUGCCACUGACCUCUCCCUCAAACUCUCAAACGACAGCGUUACCACCACUGCCACCGGAAGAUUCCACUGUGCCACCACAAAGACCACCAUCAGCUUCUUCACCUUGGCUACCGUCACGAUCACAGUCGCCACAACCACAACCACGCCAAGCUUCACCUCAAUCAACACCGUCACCGCUAUAUGCACACCACUCACUUCCCCGUUCUUCAUCUUUACCACGGAUACCCACAAGCCAAACUGGCAUUUUUAGUGCAUCGCCUUGGUCUGAACCAUUGACUACACCUGAUAACUCUAGUCGGCAUAACGUCCUGCCACCUCCGACAUCUGAGGUGCACAUAGACAUUGACCUGAUGGACCUAACCGAAUUCGUUCGAGAUUAUGGUGCACCCUCGUCUUCUGGGCAUGACUUGGUUUGUUUGUCGGAUGAUGACUAGACUAGCGAGUAGAUUAAUUCAUUAAUGUUAUAGAGAGAAUAUAUUGUAAAGAAUGUGAAUGCAGUCUGUAAUGGUCAUGUAGUAUAAAGGGGGUAACGUGUAUUUC